UUUAUAAUGGCACCAAAAAGGAAUUUGCGAUCUCAAUUGAAGAAGGGAGUUAAGAAGAUGCAAACUAAGAGACGCGGUGGCAGCAUAUCAGCACCCAACUCUAAGCGUCGACGAACUACUAGGCAACAAUCCAAAGCUGAGAAAGAAACCACCGAACUUCCAGGGCACGUUCCACUCUCCUCUUCCUCAUCUGAGAUGUCAUCCAUCAAAGGCCGUUAUCCCAUAUGGGAGGCAUCUCGAAGCACAUAUUCAUGUGAUUCGACACUUCGUAGCUAUGUGCGUGGGAAGUCACCCAAACUUAGCGUGCCGUAGUGGAGAUGUGAUUAUG